GUCACGUGACGUGGGGAGAGGUGGGCGGGAACCUGGAGGGCGAUCGCGAGGUCGGCGGCAGUGGCGCGCGGCGGCUGCCGAGUCCGCGGCUUUGGGUCGCAUCCCACGGCCCGCCCCGCCCCUCGCCGCCACCGCGCUGACCCCCCACCUUCUUCCCUUUGCAUCUCUUGGGUUCUGGGUUCGCCCUGUCCGCGCUCGCGCGUCGGUGUGCGGGUGUGCGCAGGCGCGGCGGGGGCGAUUAGCCCCGUUGGGUGGGCGGUGGAUCCCGGGAGCGCGCGGGCGAGACCAUGGCGGGCAGUAGCACCGGGGGCGGUGGGGUCGGGGAGACGAAGGUGAUUUACCACCUGGAUGAGGAAGAGACGCCCUACCUGGUGAAGAUCCCCGUUCCCGCCGAGCGCAUCACCCUCGGCGAUUUCAAGAGCGUUCUGCAGCGGCCCGCGGGCGCUAAGUACUUUUUCAAGUCUAUGGAUCAGGAUUUCGGGGUGGUGAAAGAGGAAAUUUCAGACGACAAUGCCCACCUCCCCUGCUUCAACGGAAGGGUGGUAUCCUGGCUAGUGUCAUCAGAUAAUCCCCCACCUGAGAUGGCUCCUCCAGCGCAUGAGCCUCGCACAGAACUGGCACCUCCUCCCCCACCGUUACCCCCUCUGCCACCAGAGAGGACCAGUGGCAUAGGGGACUCGAGGCCUCCAUCCUUCCACCCUAAUAUGUCCAGCAGCCAUGAAAAUCUGGAGCCUGAGACGGAAACCGAGUCAGUAGUUUCACUGAGGCGAGAGCGGCCUCGCAGGAGAGACAGCAGUGAGCAUGGCGCUGGGGGCCACAGGCCUGGUGGUCCCUCAAGACUGGAGCGCCACCUGGCUGGGUACGAGAGUUCCUCUACUCUUAUGACCAGUGAGCUGGAGAGUACCAGCCUGGGGGACUCGGACGAGGAUGAUACCAUGAGCAGGUUCAGCAGUUCCACAGAGCAGAGCAGUGCCUCCCGCCUCCUUAAGCGCCACCGGCGGCGGAGGAAACAGCGGCCACCCCGCCUGGAGAGGAGCUCAUCCUUCAGCAGCGUCACAGAUUCCACCAUGUCUCUCAACAUCAUCACGGUCACACUCAACAUGGAGAAGUACAACUUCCUGGGCAUCUCCAUUGUGGGCCAAAGCAACGAGCGGGGAGAUGGAGGCAUCUACAUCGGCUCCAUCAUGAAGGGUGGGGCUGUGGCCGCCGAUGGGCGCAUCGAGCCAGGGGACAUGCUUUUGCAGGUGAAUGACAUGAACUUUGAGAACAUGAGCAAUGAUGAUGCUGUGCGGGUUCUGAGGGACAUUGUGCACAAGCCGGGCCCCAUCGUGCUGACUGUGGCCAAGUGCUGGGAUCCCUCUCCCCAAGCCUAUUUCACCCUUCCCCGAAAUGAGCCCAUCCAGCCAAUUGACCCUGCUGCCUGGGUGUCACACUCUGCUGCACUGACUGGUACCUUCCCAGCCUACCCAGGCUCCUCGUCCAUGAGCACCAUCACGUCUGGAUCCUCUUUGCCUGAUGGCUGUGAGGGCCGGGGCCUCUCCAUCCAUACAGACAUGGCAUCUGUGACCAAGGCCAUGGCAGCUCCAGAGUCGGGGCUAGAAGUCCGGGACCGCAUGUGGCUCAAGAUCACCAUCCCUAAUGCCUUUCUGGGCUCUGAUGUGGUUGACUGGCUCUACCAUCACGUGGAGGGCUUUCCUGAGCGGCGGGAGGCCCGCAAGUACGCCAGCGGGCUGCUCAAGGCUGGCCUGAUCCGACAUACUGUAAACAAGAUCACCUUCUCGGAGCAGUGCUAUUAUGUCUUCGGGGACCUCAGUGGUGGCUGUGAGAGUUACCUAGUCAACCUGUCUCUGAAUGACAACGAUGGUUCCAGUGGGGCUUCAGACCAGGACACCCUGGCUCCUCUGCCUGGGGCCACCCCCUGGCCCCUUCUGCCCACCUUCUCCUACCAAUACCCAGCCCCGCACCCCUACAGCCCACAGCCCCCACCCUACCAUGAGCUUUCAUCCUACACCUAUGGUGGGGGCAGUGCCAGCAGCCAGCACAGUGAGGGCAGCCGGAGCAGUGAGUCAACACGAAGUGAUGGGGGGGCAGGGCGCACAGGGAGGCCUGAGGAGCGGGCCCCCGAGUCCAAGUCUGGCAGCGGCAGUGAGUCCGAGCCCUCCAGCCGAGGGGGCAGCAUCCGGUGGGGUGGAGAACCUGGUGGGACUGGCGAUGGGGGUCCUCUUCCCUCCAGAGGCUCAACUGGGGGUGCUCCCAAUCUCCGAGCCCACCCAGGGCUCCAUCCCUAUGGACCACCCCCUGGCAUGGCCCUCCCCUAUAACCCCAUGAUGGUGGUCAUGAUGCCCCCACCCCCACCCCCUGUACCCCCAGCAGUGCAGCCCCCGGGGGCUCCUCCAGUCAGAGACCUGGGCUCUGUGCCCCCAGAACUGACAGCGAGCCGCCAAAGCUUCCACAUGGCCAUGGGCAACCCCAGUGAGUUCUUUGUGGAUGUUAUGUAGAGCCCACUGUGGGGUCAUGUUGGGUUUCCACCCUGGGCCCAUCCAGUCUCAGCUUGGUGCUCCUGUUUUGUGAUUAGGUGUCUUGUCAGUCACAUGCUCCUUACUCCUUGCAGUGCCUGAGCUCAGCCUGCUGGCUGCUGUGGAGUUGUUGCCACUGUGACUCUCACCAGCAGUGCCUGGUUCCUCCCCCUUCUCUCAGGGGUAGACAAGGGACCUUUGGUUAUUUUUAGCUUUACUGUUUUUUAUAAGCCUUUUUGUGGGUUAAAUUAGACUUUUUUACAUUUGGGGGACUAUUUUUUAAAUAGACAUUUCCUCUUUUAUAUGAAGAAUCCCCAUCUCCUGGGACCCCUUUUCUAACCCCAGAAUGUGACCUCCUCUAGUUGCCCAGUAGGCUCUGCUCUGCUACACAGGGUGGGAGGUGGUCAGUGGUACCCUGGGAGGAGGAAAGGGGUUGGUCACCCUAGACAGCAGUCCAAGAAAGCUGGGGUAUUUGGCAUUUGGGGCCACGUAGCUGCCUUUGUUACUCUAUUUAUUUUAGUCACUUGUAUAAAACACGAAAUAAAGCAAUAGAGGCAAACUC